AUGCAUCUGGAGAUUAUCGCCCUGAAUUUUAUUAUAUCAUACCUAUACAAUAAGCUUCCAAGAAGAAGAGCUGAUCUGUUUGGUGAAGAGUUAGAGAGGCUGCUAAAAGGCAAAUAUGAAGGGCACUGGUACCCUGACAAACCUCUGAAGGGCUCCGGCUAUCGCUGUGUUCACAUUGGUGAAACAGUAGAUCCAGUGGUGGCAAGCUCACGCAGAAGUGGUCUUGAUAUAGAAGAUGUAAGGGCAAACGUACCAGAAGAACUGAGUGUUUGGAUUGAUCCUUUUGAAGUGUCUUAUCAAAUUGGGGAGAAGGGAACAGUAAAAGUACUGUAUUUGGAAGAUGUAGAGAGCAGCACAGAGCUGGACAAAGAGAUAAAGAGCAGCUUCAAUCCUGAGGCACAAGCGUUCAUCCCAAUUACAAACCAAGAGGCUUCACUGUCAAACUCUCCAUCUCCAUCCUUUGGUCAGUCUCCAAGUCCGACAUUCAUCCCUCGUGCCACUCAUCCAAUUACCUUUACUACUGCCACAUUUGCAGCCACCAAAUUUGGCUCAACUAAGAUGAAGAAAGGAGGUCAACGCAUGGCGCGAUCACCCACCAAUAACCUUGCGAAGCACAAGGGUCUGUCUCUUUCCAUGCAUUCUCUGAACUUCAGUCCAGUCCAGGGACCCCCAUCCCAGCUUUCUCCUAACGCCAAGGAGUUUGUCUUCAGUGGUCCACCAGGGCUCUUUUAUGAGGGGGACAGCCAGAAUCUUCCAAGCCCUGGUCAGUUUGCCACCCCCUUCAGCACUGGGAGCAGCCUGUUUAAUGAGAAAUCUCCUUUUGUGGAUGGAUUGAACUAGCUCCCCUAUCCAAGCCAGCCGUUCCAGCCUGUCAUCCUGGCUAAUUGAGGUAACAGAAGAAAACAACAAUUUUUUUUGAAGAAUUGAAGAUCAAGAUCUAGAAGUUAACUUUUUUUUUUUUUUUUCUUCCCUUUUUGGCUUCUGAAAUAAAAUGGUAACAAGUAGAUAUUACUGGGAUACAAAGUACUUGGUUUGCAUUGCUACUGGACACUUGUGAAGUCCUCACCUUUUUACAGAGAUGAAUAUAUAUGUGAAAUAUAGAAGUAUAGAUUAUAUGGAUAAAAUAGGCUUUUCUAUCCCUCCCUUACAGUUGGCUGCAUCAGAAUAAACCUCUAGUUUUGAUUUCUCAGUAUGCCCAGAAGAAGAGAAAGUAGCUAUCGGUCUGCAUGGUCGCAUCAUUAGAACUGUGCCUGAAGCAGGAUUGCCAUGCUUG